UCAAUGGGCAAGCAGGAGGACAUGCAUGUAGCUUAAAUGCUGAGCAGCUUGGCUGCCAAAGAAAGACGUUAUUGUUAUGACUCUCUCCUCCUUCCCUCGCUCCCACCCACCCUCUCUAAGAGUAUCUCGGAGGAACAGAACCAGAGAAAACACACCCGGCUUGGAGGAGGCUCUCAUUUGUACCAGGACUGGAUCAGAGCGAGGAGGAGGAGGAGGAAGGAGGAGAAAAGGGGGAAGGAAGAGCCCUCAAAGUCAAAGCACGCCCAGGCAGGCAGGAGGAAGGCAGGUGUCAACAGACCAUGAAGAGGGUUGCCAGAUUGAUUUUCCCACUCAUUCUUGUGCUGAUCUGUGAGGUGAAUGGACAGAGGCGUGUCAAGCCCCCAAAGAAGCGCCCUACUCUUUCACUUCCUGAACCAGUUGAACCGACUGAGUUGCCUCCACCUCUGCCCCCAGGACCCCCCUCAAUUUUCCCAGAUUGCCCCCGAGAAUGCUUCUGCCCCCCAGAUUUUCCUUCAGCCCUUUACUGUGACAGCCGCAACCUGAGAAAAGUCCCACUCAUCCCACCCAGGAUCCACUAUGUCUACCUACAGAACAAUUUCAUUGAUAAGCUCUCUGAAGAAUCUUUCAAAAAUGCUACAGGGGUGCGGUGGAUCAAUUUGGACAACAACCGCAUUGAUUCAGUGGGAUCUCACGUAUUAGAGAAGUUGGACAGCCUUAUAUUCCUGUACAUGGAAAAAAACCACCUUAAAGAAGUGCCCAGCAACCUGCCUCCCAAUCUUGAGCAACUUCGGCUGAGCAGAAACCGGAUCUCCAAGAUCCCUGAAAAUGUAUUCAGCAAGUUGGACCACCUCCUCCUUUUAGAUCUUCAUCAUAAUCAACUGGAUAAUGGAGACUUCAAAAAGAAUACUUUCAAGGGGCUCAAGAACCUUAUGCAGCUCAACCUGGCUCAUAACCGGCUAAGUAGGAUGCCACCUGGGGUUCCCAAAGCCAUUCACCAGCUCUUUCUUGAUGAGAAUCAAAUUGAUAAUAUCCCCAAUAAUUACUUCAAAGAUUUCUUCAACCUGGCCUUCAUCAGGCUUAAUUCUAAUAAGCUGUCUGACAAAGGAUUGCCUAUGGACUCUUUCAAUAUCACCAAUUUGCUUGUCUUGCAUCUGGCAUACAACAAUCUCACCAGCAUCCCCUACAUCAGCCCCAGGCUGGAGCACCUCUACUUGAAUGACAAUUCAAUUGAAAAAAUCAAUGGUACGCAGAUAUGCCCCACUUCUCUGUUCUCUCUUCACGAAGUAUCUUCAGAUCUUGAAAAUGUGCCUCGUCUUCGCUACCUGCGCCUCGAUGGCAACCUGCUGAAGCCACCAAUCCCUUUGGACCUGAUGCUGUGUUUCCGACUCUUGCAGUCGGUUAUAUUUUAAGCCUUGCUGCAAUUGCCACUCCUUGGGACUUUGGCUUUGCGCAGUGACUUGAUUCCAGUCUAUGUUAGACAAGGGGAACAUAUCUUACCAUCUCUACCCAGGGCCUUGCCUUUCCUGCUCCACCCUGCUUCAUUCUUCUUUGGCUGCAGGAAGCUCGUUGGAGCCCUGCUUUUAUACAGUGUUUUAUGGAGGCUUUCUGCUCCUAGAAGUGUUGCACAGAGUCUUCUGAGAUAUGUGCAGCCUCCACAGAACACCGAAGCGAUACUGCAAUAUUGACUCUGCUAUACUGUCCUUUAAUCUACAGUAUAUAUUAGAGAGAGAAGGAAGCAUGCAUAAAUGCAUCUAGCAUACAGCAUUUCUUUUACUGCCUUGCUGUCUAGAGCUUCAGAGAGGGUUACUGGUUUUCCAACAUCACCAAGCAUACAAAAUAGGUUAGAUUUGUUAUUAUGGCCAGAGAAAGGAAGGCAAUAUAACUUCAUUGAAGCGGAUACAACACUAAAGUGCCAUUGUCUAAUGAUGCUGAAUUAACAGGUGAGGGAUAUUCAGCCUUAGAGGCAGCAAUCAAAAAGGCAGCCUUAGUAGCUUUAGCAAGUGUGACCAAAUACAUAACGUACAUAGCAGGUUCCAUACUGGGGAGUCAAGGCAGUAUGUUGGAGGUGAAAUGAAGAGUGACAGAGAAUUUUUCUCCUGUCUGUGCUCUUUGGGAAGUAAAGAGUGGAUGCAGCUUUACACUGUGGGAAUGUAAUGAGCAACUAAACACAGCAUGCCCUUCAGGGCUGGUGAUGACAUGCUUAGCAGCAGUAAGUUAAAGGACUGCUCCUUCUCGCCUUCACAAUUUAACUCCACAUAAUUUGGCUGCUGGAACUCAAAUGCAGUGCUAAAGAGGAAUAAAGUAAGUCCAGUACUAGAGAGAAAUUGCCACAGAAUAGGGUGACAUACUUGAACAGGUCAGAUCCAUUAUUAUCACGAUGAUUUCAAGGGUAUCUUCGGACCUGAUUUUUUCCCCCCAAAUUGCACCCAAGAUCAUGUCAUUAAUCAGCGGAGCAACCUGUACCUCUUAAGGGCCUGUAAGGCUUUACUAGCUUUCUGUGCAUGGUAAUUAGCAACCUUAGCAACAGACGUCCAGACAUACUGAAGAAAACUCCACCCCCUCUGUUCCACAGUGAAAUGAGGAGGACCAGUAAACCAAUAAAUAACUGUUACAAUGUAAUUGAGAAAUCUUUAGCAGUGGCUGGAACCACAGUACCCAUGGCUGAUAUGGUGUCCACAAUAGCAAAACAUGGCACACACAUUUAAAAAUUUAUCAAUACUUUUGACACAGAAUCUUGCAAUAUUAUAGUGUUUGUGCAUGAGACCUGAUAAGCAUUUAGUCAUUUUUAUUUUUAUUUUAUUUUUUAACCAGGGGGGAUUGUGCAAAAUCAUAUGAUGGUACCUGGAAAUGUUGUUGAUCUGUGAGCCAUAACAGUGUGCAAACAACUUACACACAAAUUAAUCAAGAAGUAUUAGCAGACUCACCAUAUGCUGUACGGGGCAAAAAUCUCUGUUAUGGGAAAGCCAGAAAGGGUUUCCUUUCCUUUCAACACAGUCUUCCCAUUUCUUGAGCUAUUCUUUGUUUGUGUUAUACUUUGAAUAUACAAAGAAUAAAGCACUUCAGUAAGAGGCUAUGAAGUACAAA